AUGGCUGAUCAGCGACGCCUUGUUGCAGGAGUUGAUUUUGGCGUGACGAAGUGCGUCGUGACAUAUCAUUACGGGAACAACCGGAGUAUCAAGGAGUGGCGUCCAAAUGGCCGCGACUCAAUCAUCCCGACUUGGGUCUCUUAUUAUCCUGGUACCAAUCAUCUGCGUGCGUGGGGUUACGAAGUAGGUCGACAAGAUAGCCAUCUGGUCCUGCUAAAGUUACAGGUUGCUGGGGUCCCUUCAGCGGAGUCAAUGGACUUGGACAUAUUUGGAAAUGCCAAGGUGCCCGGAAUCGGUAGAAACUCCAUUCAACCUCAGGAUGCUAUUAAGGACUUUCUGGAAGCCCUGCGUAAGGCAUUCAUCGCCGAUAUAACUGUCACUCAAGAAAUUGGGCUCGACCGACUCCCCCCCAUUGACUGGUACUUUGCAAUGCCUGACUGCUGGACGGUAGAGGGCGAGAUAAUGAUGCAAAGUGCGAUUCGGGAGGCUGGUUUCGAGAAUGGCGACGACCAGGUUUCUUAUACUUCAGAAGCGAAAGCAGCCGCUAUACGGGGCCUUGCUCAGGUUGGAGACCGUGUGUUGGUAUGUGAUAUAGGUGGUGUGACCUGCGAUUAUACUGCAUUUCGCGUAUCCGCAACGGCAAACGAGGCGCACCACUUACUCUUUCAUCCGCUAAGUGAGCAAAGUACGAUGAAGCACGGCAGUCAUUUGGUAGAGACAUCGCUCAUGGGUCACAUCCGCAAGGAACUUGGUCUGCCAUGCGCAAAGGGCCAGGUGGCUUCCAUGGCUUGGAAGCCAGCCAUUGACGCCAAGCAUGGCUUCUCUGGCAACGAGGAUAUGAUUGUUUACCUCCCAUUUCCCCAGCAGUACAAGACCAGAUGGAAGUACAAUCCAUCAGAGCAAUUUGACGAGCAAACCAAUCAUUUCACUCUCACCAGGGCUUCACUCGUCAAAGCAUUCGAUCCUAUUGUGAGACCAAUCCUGAAAGCCAUUUUGCGCCACAUAUCUGUGUGGAAUGUGACCAACGUCGUCCUCGUGGGUGGUUUCAGUCAGUCAGUCUACCUGAGGAACGAAAUCAAACGCCGCCUGCAGGAUAUUGACGAGGACGAACGACCGUCUCUGCGCCAUCUACAGGGCAACGAUGCUGUCACUGCCGUAUCCUACGGGUUGACGCUCCGUGGCAGUACAGUCUCUGAAUACGUGCAGUACCAGAGCAUCUGGGGUUACGAAUCGGCUGCACCCGUCAUCGAAAUGCUUGCAACAGGGCUUGAACCCCCAAGGAAACAUGCUUUUCGUGUGAUUGACUCGGGCCGCGCAUUAAGUAAUGAGGGAGGAGUGCACUUGUGGCUCGCUGUGGAGGCUGGGCAAAGUGUACAAUCAGUCCUUAUCCGUCGUUUCACGCAAAUGCCGAACCGCGUCCAGGUAAUAGGUGAGCUCAAGCUCAAUCCUCCCGGUGAAGCCCGUCGCGGCGUGUAUUACCCCCCAGGUGCCGAGAAAAUCUUUUGGUAUGACUGCUUGGCAUCGUGGACGGUUUACAAAGAUGUCCGUGAGCGUAUGAGGUGGAAGUUGAGCAUUCGAACGGACAAAGAGUGGGUGGAGGUAGGCACCGCGGACCAUAUGGUAACAGAUAUGUCACCAUGGCAUUGA